ACAACCGAAACAGGAGCCGUUGCUGAGGGACUUCAGCAACAUGGGAGAGUGCUCCUCCAGGCGACGACCACCCCUGACAAUGACGCGUCUGAAAACGCUGCAGCGAGAGCACAGGGAGCUGCGCUUGGAGCGAGCGGGGACUUGUCCACACUGGCACUCCAACUGUCACAAGCGGCACAAAAUACAGCAACCAUUGCCAGGUCCGCCGCAAACACAUCCGCCUUAGUGGCCGACGUGAUGGGCAGACCAACAGCAGAAGAGGUACAGGUCACCAUACAAGACGCCAGAAAUGUCAACCAAGAGGCCGAGUCGGCAGCACAAGAGCUCCGAGCUUUACUCAAUUCGGAAGACCUCCCACCAGAUGUUGACGUUCGCGUCCGUCAAGCCAUCAUGGCGGCUGAAAGUUCGGAAGCUGAGCAAGUACCGAGUGACGCUGUCCAAGCUGCAAGACAAGCCUCCCUGACGGCGGCGGCCGCGUGCCUCGCCGCCUCUGCGGCGGGCGUCACCUGGGAAGUCACUGGAGCUGAUCUCAAAGGUGUCAUCAUCACCACUUUGGAAAGGGCGAAGGAGGCAAAUCUUGCCGCCGGGAUGGUUGUCAAUGAAGGCACAGAACCGCAGAAGGCUAGAGAUGCCGCGGCCAGAGUCGCAGACGCAGCAAAUGUGAUGGCCAAAGCGGUGCGAAAUGCUUCGGAUAUCAUCGAUGACAACGCGGCGGAGGUGUCGCUGAAUGCGGCGGAGCUGGCCAGCGAAGUGGCGAAUGGAUCCGUUGAAUUUAAAAUCAACGCCGAAAAGCUUAUUAACUUGUCCAGUGAUGCUCAAAAUGUCUUUGAUCCAUCCAAUGUGACAGAUGAAUUGAUGCAGGUCAUGAAGGAUGCAGCGGAAGUGGCAAAGGCGGCAGAGGCUGCAGGACACCAAGCCAGUGAGACAGUCAAUUCAUCAAGCGCUCAAAGUUUAGUGAUUGCAACAAACAUACUAUUAGAUGACGCGAUUAGGAUGGUGAGAAACCUGUCAAUAUAUGAAAUGAUACUUACUCGAGUAUCAUUAGUGGUCAGCUUGACGGCCUCGGCCGCGGCGGUAAGUGCAACGUGCUCGGCGGCUGCGGCUGCGGUCGGAGCAGAAUCGGCAGCCAGAGCCGCCUUGAGCGCCGCCUUGAGCGCCGCGGAGGAAGCGGCGAGCGCCGCCACCUUGCUGAGCGACGAUAGCAAGAACCUGAAUUCCGCAGUGAACGCCGCAGUGAACGCCGCAAUGGCGGCGUCCCAGGAAGCCAAUAACGCCGCCCAGGCAGCCAUGGCGGAAUUGCAAAACGGAUUGGCCCUGGACACCCUGGCCAACCUGGCCGCCGAGGUGGCCCAAAUGGCGUCUAUGCUAACGAACUUGGCAAAAAAAAUGGCCUCCUCCAAAGUGACGGAGGAAACCAUAAAGGGCGCCCACCAAAUGGUCAAACAAAUGGACAACGACUGGAAGGUCUUGACGAGAAAUGUGCAGGACAUGCUGACGGGUACUCCAGAGGAAUGCUGCAAGAUGCUUUUGAAGCAACUGGCCAUCCUGAACGUGGCGUUCAUUGCACAGGCGACCAUGGAGGCCGCCAACCGGGCAGCAUUUUCUGCUGUGAAUGAUACUCCCAACAUACUGGACUCCUUUCCAGGGACCAACGUGGCCACCAUGAUAUCUCAGGCGGGAGUGGCGGCCUCCACCGCCAAAUUAGCCGCGAAAGCAACGGACACGUCACUGGCCGCCUCGGCAAAAUCAAGUGGCGCCCGGAUGUUCUCACUCAGCACCGCCGCCUUGCUCGCGUUUAUAUUUUCAAUCUUGUAAAUAUGUACAUUAUGGGAGGAAAUUUAC